AUAUAUACACACAUCCUCUCUUCAUUUUACUUCACCACUCUCUAGAGCAACACUUCCAUCUUAAAAUUGCUCAAUUUGAAGUAUAUCUUUGGAAAGAUGGCUUCAAAAAUCUCAGCCUCCCUUAUCAUUUUCCUCACAUUCAACAUCCUCUUUUUCACGUUAACUACUGCUUGUGGCGGUGGCUGCGGUUCUAUUCCCAAACCUAAACCCAAGCCCACCCCAACUCCAUCCUCCUCAGGAAGUUGCCCUAGAAAAACUCUCAAACUUGGCGUUUGUGCCAAUGUCCUCAAGGAUCUUCUCAAAAUCGAAUUGGGCACGCCACCAGUCAAGCCUUGUUGUUCACUCCUUAAUGGUUUGGUCGAUCUUGAGGCCGCGGCUUGUCUCUGUACCGCCUUAAAGGCAAAUGUUCUAGGAAUCAAGCUUAAUGUUCCCGUCUCUCUCAGUCUUCUUCUCAAUGCUUGUGGAAGGAAGACCCCUCGUGGAUUCAUAUGUGCUUGAUCUACCUAUCAAUGCUUCGUUAUUGGGAGAAUAUAUAUCCUCUCUUUUUGAUAUUCAUCUAUCUUUAUAUCAUUCUUUGAAAUUAUCUAUUUUCAGUUUUCAAUUUUUAAUCGAAUAAUUGUUACUUCUACUUUUGUUAUUGUAUCCGCUUUAAAAAGUGUGCUCAUGCAUAAUUUAUAAUAAUUAAUCGGCUUCUUGUUUCCACA